UGUUUUGAUGGCGGGAAUUACGUUUCUGUGGCCCAUGCUGACGCCUGCUCUUUGUGUAGGCUGGUGACAAAGACCCCCACCCUGGGGAGUCUCCCCAGAGCCCCCUGGGUGGUGGGGGGAGACAGGUCUGCCUGCCUCCCUCGGCACGAGCACAGGCGAGGCUGCUUCUAGGCCCAGAGCCGCAGUGCCGGAUCUCAGAGCACUGCCUGGGGGCUUGAUGGAUGGUGGAGGGAAAGACGGGGAAGAUGGCAGGAAAGAUUGAAGGAGGGGGGAGGGGAAGCACGCAUCUGGACCCACGCGGCCAGCACCCCCUCACCUUCUCUCCCGUCCUCCCUGCAGCCAAGUACCCGGCCAUCAAGGCCCUGAUGCGGCCGGACCCUCACCUCAAGUGGCUGGUGCUGGGGCUGGUGCUGGCGCAGCUGCUGGCCUGCUGGCUGGUGCGGGGCCUGGCGUGGCGCUGGCUGCUCUUCUGGGCCUACGCCUUCGGGGGCUGCGUGAACCACGCGCUGACGCUGGCCAUCCACGACAUCUCGCACAACACGGCCUUCGGCACUGGCCACCCCGCCCACAACCGCUGGUUCGCCGUCUUCGCCAACCUGCCCUUGGGUGUGCCCUACGCCUCCUCCUUCAAGAAGUACCACGUGGAUCACCACCGCUACCUGGGCGGCGACGGGCUGGACGUGGACGUGCCCACGCGCCUCGAGGGCUGGCUCUUCUGCACGCCGGCCCGCAAGCUGCUCUGGCUGGCGCUGCAGCCCUUCUUCUACUCGCUGCGGCCGCUCUGCGUGCACCCCAAGGCCAUGACCCGCAUGGAGGUGUUCAACGCCCUGGCGCAGCUGGCGGCCAACGCCACCAUCUUCACCCUCUGGGGGCCCAAGCCCAUGGUCUACCUGCUGGCCAGCUCCCUGCUGGGCCUGGGCCUGCACCCCAUCUCGGGCCACUUCGUGGCUGAGCACUACAUGUUCCUCAAGGGCCACGAGACCUACUCCUACUAUGGGCCCCUCAACUGGAUCACCUUCAACGUGGGCUACCACAUGGAACACCACGACUUCCCCAGCAUCCCGGGCUGCAACCUGCCCCUGGUGCGGAAGAUCGCGCCCGAGUACUACGACCACCUGCCCCAGCACUACUCGUGGGUGAAGGUGCUCUGGGACUUUGUGUCCGAGGACUCCCUGGGGCCCUACGCCAGGGUGAAGCGGGUGUGCAAGCUGGCGAAGGACGGCCUGUGAGCCCGACGGCCGGUGCCCC